UUUUGAUAGAUUCUAAUCAUAAUAAGUGAUUUAUAAAUCUAUCAAUCUAUUCUUAAUUUUAUAAUCUCCAAAUACUACUUCAAAGAUAUUGGUUCAUUUCAUUCACUACUCUGUCUUUUAGCUUACUUGUGAUGAUAGUUUCUUUUAAGUAUUUUAUAUUUCAAUGGAAUUGUCAUAUUCACAUAUCAUAUCUUAUGAUAUUUAAUAUUUGUGUUAAUAUUGUUGCAACAUAUAUAAGUAUUUCCAUGGAAACUACAAUUUUUCCAUUCACAACUCUUCUGAUUCCUUUGCCAAGUGAACCACUGAGUUCAUCAACAAUCAUAGUUGCCAAUGAUCCACCAUAUGAUUCUACUUCACCACAUGCCAAAACCGGUUCCAAAGGGAUCGAGUUAAAGAUACUAGUAAUAUUCAAUAUAGUUCUUGCUGCUAUAUUGAUUCUGAGCAUCAUGUCAUCUCUAGUGUCUUUGAUAGGAAAGAUAUCAAAAAGAUUCAUCAAGGCAGGCAAAAUCCAUAAGAGAAAUGGCGUGAUUUCAGAAGAUAUCCCCGUCGAAAUAGCGAGCAUUGAUGUGAACUCUUCCAAAUUGUACAAGUUUGAGGAAAUCAAGGAUGCUACCGAAAAUUUCAGUUCAAGGAACAGAAUCAAAGGUUCUGUAUUUCACAGCAAAUUCGGCAACAAAAGGGAAAGUUUUGCUGUCAAAAGAAGAAUAAGUAAAGGGUAUGCAUCAAAGGAAAUAAAUUUGCUUAGAAGAAUCAACCAUUUCAACUUGAUCAAGCUUCAAGGGUAUUGUGAAAAUGAAGAUUUGUUCUAUCUGGUGUUUGAAUUCAUGGAAAAUGGAUCCUUAAGAGAAUGGCUUAGUAGUGAAGAAAACUCAUUUUUGCAUAAAAGUUGGUCAAAGAGGAUUCAAAUUGCUUUGGAUAUUGCAAAUGGACUUCAAUAUCUUCACAACUUCACAUAUCCUUGUUAUGUUCACAAUGGUAUUAACAGUGGAAACAUUCUUCUAAACAAAGAUCUAAGGGCAAAAAUAGCAAAUUUUUCUCUUGCAGAAGAAUUAUUAGAAAGGAGAAUGAUAAUAAGUUCAAGUUCUUCUCACACUUCAGAUGAUUUUUAUGCCUUUGGAGUGGUACUUUUGGAAUUGAUCACUGGCAAAGAAUGUGUUACAAUGCCUGGUUUAUCAAGAGAAGGAAUAAUAAUGGUUUCUAGGAUCAUGAUGAAUAAUCUCAUUGGCAAGGAGCAUGAAGAAGAGAAGUUGAGUUUUUUCUUUGAUCCAAGGCUCAUUGGAAACAUUGAGAGAAAAAGUGCUUUGAUGCUAGUUAAGCUAUGUUUAGCUUGCUUGAAUCAAGAAUCAGAAAGUAGACCAAACAUGUCAGAGGUGGUCUCUACCUUGUGGAAAACACUUUCUGAGUCCCAUAAUAAUUGUUGGAGAAAAUUGUCAUGUUGA